GUUCAUGCUCUGUCUCUCUCUGUCCCAAAAAUAAAUAAAAGCGUUGAAAAAAAAAAUUAAAAAAAAAAAAAAAGAAUUGUGAACAGUCUCCAGUGGAUGCACCAAAAGAGGUGAGCAGUCAAUUCUACAUGUGGGGGCCAGGAAAGGCUUCACAGAGGAGAUGAUUCUCAACUGAGUAUUGAUGCUCAAUAAGUGAGUAGAGUAACAAAGGACAAGGUGGGAAAAGGCAUUCUAGGCAGAGAGAACACGCACGAACAAGGCCAGAGAGCUGGUUGGUUAGGGGAAUAUCAGUAGUUGGGAUGGACUAGGAAGUAAAAUGUCAAGCAGGUCCUAAGGAACAAGGGGCUGGAGAGACCUCAGAGCUCACAAUUUAAAAAGUUAUAAGUAACUUGAGAUGUUCGGCAAAGUCACAUUAAGCUUUUCCUUACUCCUCUUUUACAUAAUGAAUAAACUGAGACAGUCCUUUCUGCAGGUUUUAUUCUUAUUUUAAGGUUUUAUUCUUACCUGUGUUUCCUUUGUUUCCAUUUUGAACACUUUAAUUUACUUGUUAUAUUUAACUGUUUAAUCUGGAGUUGACUUUGGUAUAUGAUAGCAAGCCUCAUCUGGAUCUUUCUUUCAGUUUUAAUGUUCAGCGCAUCUAUAUUGUUCAUUAAGCUUCUUUCUAUAACCUUAUUUUGCCAUUGAGUAGAAACAGGGAAAGCUGAAUAUCUAAUAAGAUGUAUCCCCAGCCAGGGACAAUAGGAAGGGAAACUAAAGAAAUUUCACUGGGGUUUGCUCUUGUACUGAGCUGUGUUAAACAUCAUAGGCUCAACUCACAGCCACUCAGGAUCCUGGCUCCCAGGGCACCACUGCUACUUUGUAUUUAUAGAUGACACAUUUCUAAGGAGCAAACGUGUUUCCACAGAGAGUAAUUUAUUCUCAUGACAAGUGAAGGGGGUAGAUGGAGGAAAAAUAUGUCACAGGCAGCUUGAUUUAUUUACUCCUCCCAGAAAUUAGGUGGAGUCGCGUUUGUUUGUUUUGCACCCUGAUGCUGGCUGAAAACCCAGUGGGCCUGGCAUCUCUGUACAGUAUAGGCCAGAUGCUGGGCUGGGAGCAGAGAGCUGUGAUUUGUUAGAAAGGCAAGCACAGAUUGGUUCUCCAGUCCCUCAGAUCUCCCUGUUCCUUCACGGCAUUCUGAAGACCUGUCCACCAAUCACGGGGCUGCUUACUGGAAAAAGCAACUGCUGGAGAGCGCUGGGAGUCCCUAGCAACACUCCGAGGCUUUUGAAUCUGAGGGCGAACGGCUGUGUAGUCAGCCGAUAGUGGAGGAGAGCAGCACCUAUGCCUCAGGAAGAAAAGCCUGUCAGGAUGGACACUCCACAUACUGAAGAACCCUUCGAUAAGAAAGACAAAAAAACAGAAAAGCAGGAAGAGGAGAUGGAGUUUAAGGAGCUGGGCGGUCUGAGGGAGGCCUUGGCGAAUCUCCGGGGACUGUCCGAGGAGGAGAAGAGUGAGAAGGCCAUGCUUUGCUCCCGCAUCCAAGAGCAGUCCCAGCUCAUCUGCAUCCUGAAGCGGAGGUCAGAUGAGGCCCUGGAGCGCUGCCAGAUCCUGGAGCUGCUCAACACAGAGCUGGAGGAGAAGAGGAUGCUGGAGGCUGAGAAGCUGAAGGCCGUGAGCGAGCAUGCCCAGAAGCUGGAGGAACGCUUUAUGACCCUGGCAGCCAACCACGAGUUGAUGAUCCGCUUCAAGGACGAACACAAGAGUCAGAACGUCAAGCUCAGGGAGGAGAAUGAGAAACUGAGGCUGGAGAAUGACAGCCUCUUCAGCCAGGCUCUGAAGGACCAGGAGGCCAAAGUGCGCCAGCUCACCGCCCGGAGCGAGGCCCUCUCCAAGGAGCUGGAGACCCUGAAACAGAGGUGUACUCGGGAUGCCCGCCAGGCACAAGCCAGAGAGAAAGAGCUGCUGGAGCUGCAGAGCCGGCAGGCCUGUGCCCACGCCAAGGAGACGGAGCAGCUGCACAGCCAGCUGCAGAGCCUCCAGCAGCAGCACCAGCAGAUCGCGGAGCAGAUGGCCGCGGCGGAGCAGGCUCACGGCAGCCUGAAGCAGGAGCUGCAGGCCAGACUGCAGACGGUCACUCGCGAGAAAGAUGAGCUGCUGCAGCUGUCCAUGGAAAGGGGCAGGGCGCUUCAGAGCAAGCAAGCGGAGAUCCGCCAGCUUGAGGAGAAGCUGGAGACAGCAGAUGAGGCCAGGAGGCAUGCGCUACAGAGGUUUGAACAGGAGGCCGUGGCCGUGGACAGUAACUUGAGAGUACGAGAACUUCAGCGCAGGAUCGAUGGGAUCCAGAAGGCCUAUGAUGAACUCAGGCUGCAGUCUGAAGCCUUCAAAAAGCACAGCCUGGGCCUUUUAAGCAAGGAGAGAGAACUCAACGCCAAACUCCGCCAUCUCUUCCCAUAGGAAGCUUCUGUUUCCUCUUUCCUCUAGUUUAGAAUUGAAAUAUUUGUGCCUUAGCAUUAUGUGUAUUAUACUUUUAAGCACAAUAGGAAGAAGAAAAGCUGCUUUACUAUGAUCUUGUGGUUAUUACUAUUGUAACGCUAACACUGAUUUUCAGUCCUACCACCUAGAAUACACAAGAUUUACCUGA